AUGGGGGAGAGUGUGCCAGGGGUAACUAGUGUAGUCAGGGUCAUGAAGGAGAGUGUGCCAUGUGUAACUAGUGUAGUCAGGGUCAUGGGGGAGAGUGUGCCAGGGGUAACUAGUGUAGUCAGGGUCAUGAAGGAGAGUGUGCCAUGUGUAACUAGUGUAGUCAGGGUCAUGGGGGAGAGUGUGCCAUGUGUAACUAGUGUAGUCAGGGUCAUGGGGGAGAGUGUGCCAGGGGUAACUAGUGUAGUCAGGGUCAUGAAGGAGAGUGUGCCAUGUGUAACUAGUGUAGUCAGGCCGAUGGAGGAGAGUGUGCCAGGGGUAACGAGUGUAGUCAGGGUCAUGGGGGAGAGUGUGCCAGGGGUAACUAGUGUAGUCAGGGUCAUGGAGGAGAGUGUGCCAGGGGUAACUAGUGUAGUCAGGUGA